AUGGCUUCUCAACCUCCCUUUCAGGAAAAUUUCUGCUCGAUUUUCGGAAGCUCUUUUCCGAAAUCUACUAGUGAUGAUCAUAGCAACACAAACACAUCAACUAUCGAAACCUCAGGAUUAAAGCUUCCUGUGAUCGAUCUCAGCUACCUAACUAGUGGCGAUGAGGUCAAACGCAAAAGAUGCGUGAAACAAAUGGUCUCAGCUGCCAAAGAGUGGGGGUUUUUUCAGAUUGUGAACCAUGGAAUCCCCAAGGAAGUCUUUGAUAUGAUGUUGGUCGAAGAGAAGAGACUCUUUGAUAGACCCUUUUCCGCCAAAGUCCGGGAAAGUUUCACGGGCUUAUCGAAAAUUAGUUACCGCUGGGGAAACCCUAACGCCUCUUCUCCCGCUCAGUACUCUUUCUCCGAAGCCUUUCACAUCACUCUUUCAGAUAUUUCAAAGUUUUCUGAUGAUCGCUACAACCUCAGAACAACCGUUGAAACGUAUGUGCAAGAGAUAGCUGGAGUGGCACAAAUGAUAUGCGAACUACUAGGGAAACACGUGAACGUGAAUCCAAAGUAUUUCGAAAACAUUUACGAGCUUAAAAACAGUUUUCUAAGACUCAAUAAGUACCAUCCUCGUGUUUUUGGUUCCGAAUUGUUUGGUUUGGUUCCUCAUACCGAUACGAGUUUCCUCACUAUACUCUUUCAAGAUCAAAUCGAAGGAUUAGAACUGAACAAAAAUGGACAAUGGGUCAGCGUAAAACCUUGCUCGGAGGCCCUUACUGUCAACAUUGGGGAUAUGUUUCAGGCAGUGAGUAAUGGAGUGUACCAGAGCGUGAGACAUAGAGUGAUUUCUCCGGUGAACAUGGAGAGGUUGUCGAUAGCUUUCUUCGUAUGUCCUUAUCUUGAAACCGAGAUCGAAGCAUCCGGGUAUCCAAACAAGUAUAGAAGAUUCAGUUUCAGAGAGUACAAGGAGCAGAGUGAACGUGAUGUUAAAGAAACUGGUGAUAAGGUAGGCUUGUCCAGGUUUCUCACUUGAUCCAUCUAUCUCUUUGACGUUUGACCUUUAUAGUGGUGAGGUUAAAACUAAUGUUGUCGUUUCUAUUGUUGCUGUUUCCUCAA